UUGCGCGGUGAUUAAUCCAGACAGAUGGUGGCCUCGAAGGAGCCCCAAUCCUCUUACCCAAAGCCCCUUAAUAUUUCCGCCACGCGGGUCACCUCCAGGCCUCUCCUGCUGCGGGCGGCCACCAUGCCGGGGCUGGCGGUCGAGGAGGGGAUGGAGGGCUGGAGCCCGGCCCCGCCGCUCUACGAGGAGUACCGCCCGCCGCCCCUGGAUGCCAUCCGCCUGCCCAGGUAUGUGCUGUACCUGCUGCUCGCGGCAUUCCUGGUGGUGGCCGUGGCCUACGCCAUUGUGGGGCAUCUCAUCAAGGACCUCGCCCACGACCUGGCCGACUGGGCCUUUGGCCCGAAGCCAGACCAGGAGGAUGCCCCCCAGGAGCUGCCCCCGAGCCUGGAGGGGGAGGAUCUGGAGGAGCUCGAUCUGCAGCUGGCCCUGGCCUGGCGGGGCGACGAGGACCCUGGCGGGGGCACCGACGCAGCCCCCGCAGAAGCCUCCGCCGGAGCUCCCCGCCGCCCUUCGAUUGCCUUCAAGGACCCCCCUGGCCGAAGCUCCUUCUGGAGGCUGAACUGAGCUGGGCCCUGCCCUCUGGCCUGGCCCCGGGUUUGAACCCCUCUGGCGGUUGUGUAGCCUCGACUUGGGCGCGCAGGACCCCUUGUUCCACUGAUCUGCCCUGUCUUGGCACAGAAUGUUCUCGUUCUCGGCGGGCAGGUCUCCCAGUGGUUGGCACUUCCCGCCUGUUUCCCCCUUGGCCCCAGAGCCUAAUCCCGCCCGGCCUCCACCAAGAAGAUGUUUUUAAAAGAGUGAUAAUGGUGGCUAACCUGACCUAGUGCUUAGCCUGUGCCUGCUGCUGUGCUCGGUGAGCCUUUUCCCUGUGAUCCUCGCGGGCAGGACUCACUUGCCCCCAUUUAACAGAUGGGACAAUGGAGGCACGAAGCCCAGAAAGGACUUGCUUGCAGCAGAGAGAUCUUUUUUGUGGCCAGAGGCCGGUUCUGUGACCUGCCUUCGGAAGCAGAAGCCCCAAGGCGGGGUUCUGCCCCCGGUCUUCCGGAUCUGCUCGGUCCCCACCCCGGCCUCCUUCCCAGGCUCUGCUGCUGGGCCCCGCUCGAUCUGCCGGUCCCCGGGUUGGGGGGCGGGGGGGUCCUGACUUCCCAGCUAACCCGAGAAUUCCCGGAGGACAGUGCCUGAGGCUUCCUCCCUCCCAUCUGAGCUUUGCACAGAAUGGGGCACACAGUAGGGGCUUCAUACGUACCGCCUGGGUGGUCGGGGUGGGCUCGCUUUGAACUCCACCGCUCUGCUGGGUGGCCUGUAGUCUAUAGUCAGACCGCAGGGAGGGAGGAGGCCCCAGGGAUGCG